AUGCUCUUACGUGUUGCUGCAGUCAAGGCACCCCGCAUACACAACCGUCGCCGUGUGACCGGAUCCAGCGGAAGGAGGAGGGAAGGAAGAGAGAGUGAACCGCAGAGGCCCAACAUGUCCCGGCGUUUGUUUACUUCCGCGGCGCUGCUUCUUUUUGUCGUGAUGGUUUGCUGCGGCAGUGGUGGAGCUGCAGUCACUGGGGUGAAGGAGUCGUCUGAUCCCCAAUUUGUAUGGAAUAAAAUCCCUGAGGGUGAAACUGUGGAAUCUUUGGGCUUUCCCAGCCUUUUGAAAGUGGGAAGUGACGUGUUUGCCGUUGCCGAGGCGCAGUGCAAGAAGGGUCAAGACAGCUUUACCGGCAUUGCAUCCCAACUUCUCACGGAAACAGAGGAAAAAAAGGAUAACACACCGGUGGAAGUGCUGAAUGAUGCCAACACGAAGACACAAGUUCUGGAGGAAGGCACUUCCCCACACAGUAAGAAAGUAGAUGUGAGCCGACCAACAACAGCUGUGAAGGGAAAUGAUAUUUACAUGCUUGCUGGAAAAUACAGCCGGGCAGCUGCUACUAAUCCUCAGGAGAGGGGUGCAGGUGACUGGGGGCUUUUGCUGGUGAAGGGGGAAGUCAGUUCUGAAGAAAGCAAUAAAAAAAUCCAGUGGAAUAAGAACCAGCGACUGGUCGGCACUUUCUCUGAUGGCGAACAGGAUUCCUUGAUGCAGCUGGUUGCAGGCGGUGGAUCGGGCGUUCAGACGGAUGACGAUACGCUUGUUUUCCCAGUGGAAGGCAAGAAGGAGAAGAAUGGUGAAUCAAAUGACGGAAAGACUGUCUCACUGGUCAUAUACACUUCGAAGGAUACUUUGACGUGGAAGCUGUCGAAGGGGAUGUCUGCCGAUGGCUGCAGUUAUCCCUCCGUUGUGGAGUGGGAGGAGGGAAAACUCAUGAUGAUGACUGCGUGUGACGGUGGCCGCCGCAGGGUGUACGAGUCCGGUGACAAGGGGGCUUCGUGGACGGAGGCACUCGGGACACUCUCGCGCGUGUGGGGCAACAAACACGAGGAACAGACGAAACGUGUUGCGAGCGGGUUCACUACAGCGACUUUUGAAAAUGGAGAUGACAACAAAAAAGUGAUGCUCGUUACCCUGCCGGUGUAUUCUAAGGAGAGAGGCAGCGAAAACAAGGAAAAGAGUGAACUCCAUCUUUGGCUGGCGGACAAUACGCGCAUUGUCGAUAUUGGGCCGGUAUCCGAGAAGGACGAAGACGAAGUUGCCGCCAGCUCCCUGCUGUACAAAAGUGCUGGAGGUGAAGAUAAUAAUAAUGAGGAUAAGUUGAUUGCACUGUACGAGAAGAAGAAGAAGGGCAAUGACGAAACAUCACACAGUCUUUUGUCUGUGCGUUUGACUGCGCAGCUGGAGCGGGUGAAGGAGGUGCUGAAGACGUGGAAGGAAGUGGACGAACGUAUCUCCCAGCUGUGCCCCACUUCAAGUGCUGCGAAGAGUGCCUUAGCUGACAAUGCCUGCAGCGCUGCCAUGCCGACGGAUGGGCUGGUUGGCUUUUUGUCCGGCAGUUUGUUUGAUAAGAUAUGGAAGGACGAGUACCUCGGGGUGAACGCAACAGUAAAUAAUAAUGAAUGGGUGGAGCAGACGGAUAACGGCGUGACUUUCACGGAGCGUGGCGCAGGAGCGGAGUGGCCUGUUGGCAAGCAGGGGGAGAAUCAGCUGUACCACUUCGCGAAUUACAACUUCACUCUUGUGGCGACGGUGUCCAUCGACGGUGAGCCAAGGGAGAGCCCUUUUCCUUUGUUGGGUGUGCGUGCGGGCAGUAACGGAGGAAAAAAACUUAUGGAGUUGUCAUACGACAGCGGAAAGAAGUGGCAGUUGCUGUGUGGUGACGAAACGAACAAGGAGCACAGCAGCACUUGGAAGCGAGGGAGAACACACCAGGUGGCCAUUGUGCUACAGAACGGCAAACAGGUCUCCGCAUACGUUGAUGGUCAGCGUGUGGGGAAUGCGCUAUGUGAAUUGAAAAAUAGGGAUUCGGAAGAGAUCUCGCACUUCUACAUUGGAGGAGAUGGAGGCAGCGCAGACAACACAGAAAGCCGAGAAGGCGUUUCUGUGACUGUGUCGAACGUCCUGCUGUACAACCGCCCGCUGACUUUUUCAGGUGGGAGUGCCGAUGUGGAAGAAGUUACCGAUUCACCAUCGAAAGAUAUUGUGUCACCACCGGGAAAUUUGCAGCCAACUGAAACUGUUUCUCAAUCGGUGGAAGAAGAUGAAAAGAAGGCGCCUCCUGCUACGAAACCUUCUGAAGCUCCAGUGGUGCAAGCGACCUUGCAGCGGCCUCGACAAGAAAGUGAAGCAAAGCAAGUAACAACGGUGGGGAAAUCCGCCACUACACACCAACUGCCGGCGAAUACAUCGCAGGGAAGUGUGGGGAAGGCGGCGGCCUCGAGCUCCCAUGCCGUUGGAGGAGCAACAGGUGAUGGCAGCACUGUUUAUGAGAGCGGACUGCUGCCAUCGCUGCUCCUUCUGUUGGGACUGUGGGGUUUGUGGCUCUGUGAGGAGUGA